AUGACAAACGAGGACCCUAGAACGAAUUCGAUUGGAAUGAAGCCAUCCAACAGUACGAGUAACUCGAUGCCAAAAACCAAAUCCUCAGUAGAUCCUUCACCAUCGACACCUCAACCGGAUACCACAAACGAGUCUUCAAGGACUGCUACACGUAGUCGACCAGCUGAUGUCGCGUCGACCGAUUCCGCCAAUUUGGCUUCGACACAAUCAGAUGCUCCGUCAUCACGCGCAACCGAAAGCGAAACUACGAAGCCAACACUCACACCGCUCAUCCCAGCCCCGAGUCUCGCAUCAAGCCGAUAUAAUCGCCAACUCCUCGUCCCGCAAUUCGGCCUGCAGGGACAACAACACCUUCUCGCCGCACGCGUCCUGAUCAUCGGUCUCGGCGGGCUCGGCUGCCCCGCGGCACUCUAUCUCGCGGGCGCGGGCGUCGGCACACUAGGCCUGAUGGACGGCGACGUCGUCGAGACGAACAACCUGCACCGACAGAUCGCGCACACCGAGGCAGCCGCGGCCGCGGGCAACACGAGCAAAGUCGAAAGUGCACGGGACAGGUGCGCGCAGAUCAAUUCGGAGGUGCGCUAUGAAUUAUACCCGACUCGCGCGACGCCUGACACGUUGUUGGAUGUGUUGAAGGUCGGAAAAUAUGAUGUCGUGCUGGAUUGUACGGACAAUCCGGCCACGCGGUACCUCGUCAGUGAUGCGUGCGUGGUGUCGGGUACGAUCUGUGUGAGUGGAGCGGCGCAGAGGGGCGAGGGCAGUCUUAUCGUGCUCAACAACCCUCCUGGACCUGGGCGGCCCGGUGUGUCUCAGCCUCAGGUUCAAGCCGAGAAAGGACCCUGCUAUCGCUGUGUGUUCCCACGGCCACCGCCUCCCGAGAUGGUGCGUGGGUGCAGUGAGAUCGGCAUUCUGGGACCCGUGGUCGGUGUCAUCGGCACGUUGAUGGCGGGCGAGGCGAUCAAGAUCAUCGCUGCCGGGCAGCAUCAGCAGCAGCAGCAUCUAAAUCCGACCGAUCUAUCGUCGAGUGUAACAGUUGCAAGUGUUGGUGCAGAGGCAGUUGCAGGCGGGAAAGCCGAGACGACAAAAACAAAGUCAAGGAUACAAACGCCAAGCCACACGAUGCUCUUAUACAAUACCUACGCAUCCGACCCACGGAGUAUGUUCCGCACCAUCACCCUGCGCGGACGGAGGAAGGACUGUCUAGCCUGCGGCGACGACGACGCGUUGGCAAAGAAAGGUCUUAGUCGAAUCACUGCGGACACAAUCGCCCAGGGCAGACUGGAUUAUCAAGCGUUUUGUGGCGUCGCGGAGGAUGAUGUGAGAUUAUUAGACGAAAAGAGACGAGUUGGCGCAAGGGAGUUUCUCGAGCAGCUCUCCUCCUCCUCGACGUCAAGGAAGACGGGGAGACCGAUAGUCGUGGAUGUGCGCGAAGAGCAUGAAUUUGACCUGGGUGCCAAGGUGUCGGGCAGCGUGAACAUUCCGAUCUCCAGGAUUCUGAGAGCUCGGGGAGGAGGGGCCUUUGAUCGGCUCAGAGGGCUGGCGGGGAUGGAGCACAAGGUGGAAGGUAAGCUGGACGAGGAGGGGAAGGAAACGCACAACUUUUCGGACACCAAGCCACGCGACGCGCAAGACGAGAUGGAGGACGAGAACCACCGAACGCACGACGGAACAGCGUUGAAGCAAGAACGAAGUCCAGUCCCGAUAUACUUUGUCUGCCACCGCGGUAACGACAGCCAAAUCGCAGCGCAGAAGUUGAUCGAGCACACCGAGGCUGAAGAAGCAGCAGCAGCACCAACAACAACAACAGAAGCAAGAACAACGACGGCGAGGUGGGGAUGGAUAGGCGAUGUCAAGGGUGGAUUUGUUGCCAUGGAACGGUUCGCGCAGCCGAGGGUUUGA